AAUGUUUCUCGGCUCGUCGAAUGAGAAGAGGACAACAAAAUCUUUGCCCAAAAAUGUGGAGAUAGCGGUGAACCAGCGGUAAGAAUGCACUCCCACACGAAUGACGCUGCUGGCACGAGCAGUGCCGGUAGCACAGAGGGCAAAAUACGGUGCAUAUUUCUAAGCGAAUUCCAUGCCACAGCUGGCUGCAAGAUAAGCUGCCAAGUGCCUGAUAACUACAUCUCCAAGGAUGUCUUCGAUGCCAUCAACGUGUACAUCAUUCCCAAGCAGCACUUGCAGCGCUGCAUCUUGACCGUGAACGCCAUGGACGUGAAGAUUGUUGGCUAUCCGGUGGGCAUACAGGAUCAGCAGAAGUACGCCCGUAAUGCCUUUCUAUUCAACCUGUGCUUCGUCUGCGAUUCGCGGGCCCGGUCUGUGCAAUAUGAGCCCGUAGUGAAGAAGCUAUCGGAGUACCUUAUCAUGAUGGAGGAGGAAUCGUGUUUUCUGUCGCGCGAGGACGACAAGCGGAGAUUGCAGAAUAUCUUCCAGACCGUGCUUAGGGACCUGAACGAGCGCAAGGUGGCCACCAUUGUGGAGGGCGACAAUACGAUUUAUCUGAAGAUUGUGAUGCACAAGCCGGAUCCUCCUGCGGUCAAGGAUCACAUGGUGCCUUUGUUGCUAGCUAAUCUGCGUGACACGCCGAUAGAAAAUUGGGACCUAACCACGCAGCAGAUAUUGCCCUAUAUCAAUGGAAUCAAUCAUGUAGCGCGCAUCGCCGCCGAGGCGGACGUGGAAACGGAUUUGGUCAAAUCAUGCAUACAGAAUCUGGUCUACUACGGUGUGGUUCAACUGCUGCCCAUCCUCAAAUACAGCAACGUGUACAUGACCCAGAACCUAAAACACCUAAUCCAGAGUGCAUCGCUGAGCAACGCUUGUCGCAAGUACGUGGCGCUCAAACCCGACAAAACUCUGCCCAGCGUACAGCGCAUCUUCCAGUUCUAUGCUUCGAUGACGCACGGCGUGACAUUGAGAGCCAUUUGCCAGCGCUUGUGUCCCCAGCAUCACAACAUCGAUGAGCGUAAGAUGGUCAUCUUUGGGCUGCAGCACAAGUUCAUCCGAUGCAUCCACAAGUAUCCGGUGUUCACGGGAUCGGUGCCAUCCGGACGCCAGAAGAUGUACACGGGCCUCAUCAGCUUCGACGAGAUCUGCUGCAAGACGGGCCUUUCACCCUGCACCAUUGAGCGGGAUAUUGAGAAAGACACAAAUGUGACUGUGAUUUGGAAGUAAACUUUAAUGCUGAUG